AUGCUUUAUUUAACCGAAGAAGCUAAGCUUGGUAUAGUGAGUGGGGCAAUAGCGAUCCUUAUUCUUAUGGUCGUUUGCAUGGUCUGCAAGCUAAGUCGACUCCACAAACAGCCAGCUUACAAAGACUCGUCGUACCUCAAGACUACUGCUGACAAGAAUACUGCUGCAAAAGUAUCUGUCAUCCCAUUCCCAAGUUUUGCUGCUGAAUGCAGCGAGUGUGAACUGGAAAAAAGAAAUAAAAUGAACGGAGAGAUAGAGCUGCAAACUUCCCAAAGGCUCAGUCCGCCAAAAAACAAAGGAAGAAUUAAAUUUUCUAUGGUUUAUCAAAAUGAAAUACAAACUCUUUUGUUGACUAUCAUCGAGGCAAGCCAGCUGGUCGGAAAAGACUUCUGGGAUAGUGUAGAUACCUACGUAAAAGUGAGGCUUCAACCAGAUGUAGAAGGAAUUUUGAAGGGACAGACGGACGUCUUCAGGAAAUCCACAAAUCCAAAAUUUGGAGAGAGUUAUGAGUUUAACAUGUCAUUACAAGAUGUGGAAAAUUCCAUUCUUCAUUUAUCUGUUUGGGAAAUUGACAAGUACUCCCGGCAUCACAUAAUAGGAGAGGUUCAAGUUGAACUUGGCCAUGUGCUCAAGGCAGAUGAGUCUGUUGCCUUUGAUAAGGAGCUGAGGUCAUUUCAAAAGGUUUGUGGUACAUUCAUGAGAUAUACUUGACAUCAAAAGAUGCGAAAUAUGAAUUGCGAAAACACUCCAAGUCAAUAAGGAUAACUAGAGGAGCAAAUAGACGAAGAGACCUUAAAGUGCACAGACAAACAUAGUGAAAAACAGAAAGACAACCAAGACAAACAGCCAUAAAUACAAAACAGACGGACAUAUAGACUGGAACUCUUUGACUAUCUGACUGACUCGCUGACUCAGUGACUCGCUGACUUACUGACUAGCUGACUGACUCAUUGACUGACUGACUGACUGACUGACUGACUGAAUGACUUAAUGACGGCACUCUAUUCCCUGUCUUCAGUAACAAACCUUCUUUCUAAUUUCGCAGACAAAAGCCAAUCUGGGGGAGAUUUUAUUCUCCCUCAGCUAUAUGCCAACUGCUGAGAGAAUGUCAAUAGUAUUAAUGAAGGCCAGAAACCUUAGUCCACCACUCAGCGACUGGAACACAGAGUCAAAACCAAUCAGUAAGUAUCCUGUGGUUGAUUUGUAUUCCCCUCUGUCUUGAAUUCGUCAUUACGUUCCUUUGUGAUUGCAAAAGAUCAUAAGGACAAAAAAAAUGUUAUUUAAAAUAUGAAACAGGAGAACGAUUGGCCACACGGAAGCUUUUUCCUGUGCUUUCGCCUUAUUGACUCAGCCUGUCUUGUAUAGACAAACAAUGUACAGCACCGAAUUAGAUCUGCGGUCAUUUAUAACAUUUAACAAAUAUACACUUUUUAGUUGCAUUGAAAUUUUUCUAAUUCCCGCUACGUUGAAUACCUCCAGGAGCUUCUUUGACAACUUAACGUCUGCUGACAUUUGAAACCAUUCAUACAGGUUUUUUUGUUCAUUUAACAGAUCCAUUCAUCAAAGUUGUUCUUUUAUUCGAUGGCAAAAAAGUGAAGAAAAAGAAAACGUCCACAAGGAAACAGGAGCCUAAUCCUGUUUAUAAUGAGUGUAUGAUAUUUGACGUCCCCCCAGACCUCCUCCAUAGGGUUCUGUUUGUCAUAUCAGUAGCUGACGCUAAAUCAGACUCAACAAGAAGUGACGUAAUUGGUCGAGUGGUAAUAGGCUCAGCUACCACUGGAGAAUCCCUCAGGCACUGGCAUCAAGUGUUGAUAUCGCCGCGGAGGCCUGUCGCGGCCUGGCACCGACUCAAACUUUAA